CUCGCCAGUUCGCUCGCCGCAGUUUGGCGGCCGGUCGUGAGAAUGGUGCGUUCUGUACGUGAACAAAGACAAACAAGUGUUUGUAAGUGUCAAGUGGAUAAUGUCUUCUGAACCCUGUAAAGUGACUGUGGAAUUCAUUAGUGAGGACGAAAUAAUUCAGGAGGGUAGCGGCACCCAGUCGCCCCUAGCGUUGCUGGCGGCCACCUGCAGCCGCCUGGGCCCCGCCACAAUGAACCCCGAGCAGCAGCAGGAGAAAGAGCAGCAACAACAGCAACAGCAGCAGCAGCAACAGCAGCAGCAGCAGCAGCAGCAACAACAACAACAACAACAACAACAGCAGCAGCAGCAGCAAGCACAACAACAACAACAGCAGCAGCAGCAACAACAACAACAGCAGCAGCAACAAGUUCAACAAGCGCAACUAGUGCAACAAGUGCAAGGCGACGCAGCUACACUAGCGGCGAUACAGCAGCAAUACUUGCAGCAACAGCAGCCGCAGUUGAGGGUGAUAAGCACCGCUGUUGUGCAGCAAUUGAGGGCGCAGGGACUGUCGGGUAACGAGUUGUCUGCAGCCAUUGUAAAUGCAGCGAGUACAGUUCCAAAUGGCAUACAAGUGCAACAACCACAGGUGAUAUCUAUGCAACAGCUGCAGUCGUUGCUAGGCGGCGGCGUGGUGUCCAGCAACGAUGGCGCCACUUACCAGAACCCACCACAGCAGUUACUGCAGAUACAUCCACAACUUUUGCAGCAACAAGCUGGUAAUGUGUACGGUGGCUGCGUAGUGGGCGGCAUGGCGCCGCUGCAGGCCGUCACCGUGGAUGGCCAGGAUGCGCUCUUCAUACCUUCCCACCAUGCUCAGAAUUUCUCCGGAAUGGGUCAAAUGAGCCUAGUCAACGGUCAGUUGGUACGAACACCGGUUUUACCCGCGGGUUUCCUUCAAAACGUCAUGCAUUUACCCACAGAACAACAGGCGACCGUCUCCAUCCCAGGCACUAACCUAACCAUCCCGCUCAGCGCUCUCACCGGCAACCAGAUGAUUACUAUCCCGGGGGCAAACAUUUCCUUCCCCGGGAUACAGAUCCCGACUAGCCAGGCCAUCUCGAUACCUAGCUCCAGCGUUCAACUCCCCGUGGCGAGUGUGGCCAAUGUGGCCAAUGUCACAGUGGGGAAUGUGGCCAACGCUGGCGUAAGUUUGGCAAGCGAUACCAAGAAUGGGGGUAAUGGAAAAGAGACCAAAUCGCCCGGGAGUCCCGCGCCACAAGGUGGCGGAGUGGCGGUACGCGGAGGCAUGGGCGGCGUGGGCAUGGUGCCCGUGCAGGUGCCCGUGAGCGUGGCCAACGGGCACACCGUGUACCACACCGUGCACGUGCCGCUUCACGCGCCGCACCUGCAGAUCAUCCCGCAGCUGCAGCAGAUGCAAGCACAACCGCAAGUAGCUAACGUACUCACGCCGUCGGGACAAAUACAACAGAUACAAAUAGCUUCCCUCGGUAAUGUACAGCAGGCCGGAGCCGCUCAGCAGGCCACUGCGACUGCUGGACCGCCCACCAUCACUCUACAGGCGGUUACGAACCCGAUGCAAACAGACACGAGCCAACAGCAGCAGCCGUCGCAAGCGAUCCUUACUAGCACGCCGACGGGGCAGCAGCUCACCGUCAUACCCACUAGCAAUGUGAGGACUGCCAAUGUAGUGCAGAUGCCGACGCUGGGCGUGGGUGGGCUAGGCGGUGCGGUACAACUGGUCCCAGCGAUGGGCCUGCCCGGGACGGUACAGCUCACGCAGAUACCGCAGGCCCAAGCUCAGUCGCAACCGCAGCCCGUUAUUGAAACACCAUUUCCAGGACAACAGAUCCAGCAGGAUCCUAACGAGCCAGGCAAAUGGCAAGUGGUCACUGUCAGCUCUGGUAACAACACCACCACUACCGAGUGUGAGGCUAAUAAACUUCGGCCCAAUAGUCCCAACAGUGGGAAGCGACUUAUGAAGCGAGUGGCGUGCACAUGUCCCAACUGUGAUCAGGGGGAAAACCGUCUGGUGGACCGCAAGAAGCAGCAUGUGUGCCACAUCCCGGGUUGCAACAAAGUGUACGGCAAGACGUCUCACUUGCGAGCACAUCUGCGGUGGCACUCCGGCGAGCGACCCUUCCUCUGCAACUGGCUCUUCUGUGGGAAACGGUUUACCAGAUCGGAUGAGCUCCAACGACACAGACGGACACACACGGGGGAGAAACGUUUCGAAUGCCCUGAGUGCAGCAAGCGGUUUAUGCGAUCAGAUCAUCUAGCCAAGCACGUCAGAAUACACACCAAAAACCGAAUCACAGAAGUGGCGACAUCAACACAGUCGAUGUACUCCGACUCGGGCGACGACAGUUGUGACGAGAAGAUGAUGCUCACCAUAGAAACCAUGCAGGGACCUGACAAUGAAGAGAAACUCGUUAUGAUCAGGCCUGGAACCAAGAUGGAACCUGAUCAUAUUGAUAGUUAGGACUUAGGACAUAACACUUGGGUGUGCAAUUUUAGAAAGUUUGAGAAACUUAUCUGGUCCUAGUUACAGACCUUUCAUAGAAAUCAUGCAGGGUUCAGACUAAAAAGAAACUCUUCAUGGUUGGGCCUAGGGCAAAGUUGAGGC